AUGCCUUCCGAUCUAGAUCAACUGCUCGAUAUGGGCUUCGACAAGACUCGUGCCGAGAUCGCCGUAAAAAAGUCAGGAGGACUCCAGGGCGCCCUGCAAUGGCUUGAAGAUAACCAGGACAAGUCAAUCGAGGAAAUUCAAGCUGAAGCUGCAGCCAAGGUUGUUGAUGACGCGGAGGACGACGAUGAUACCAAAGCCGAAAUUGCUGCCCUUGAGACCGGCACCGCAAAGUCGCUAGUCUGCAACGAGUGCGGCAAGAAGUUCCGAAAUCCUGAUCUCGCUAGCUUUCAUGCCAGUAAAACCGAACAUACCGACUUCUCCGAGUCCACAGAAGAGAUUGCCCCUCUGACCGAAGAGGAGAAGAAGGCGAAGCUGCAGGAGCUCCGAGAGCGGCUGCAGGCCAAGCGCGCCAACCAAGCCAUCAAGGAUAAGGAGGACCAUAAGCGGAAUGAGCAAAUUCGCCAAAAGUCUACAAAAGAAACGCAUGACGCGAAGGAGGAGCUGCAGCGCAAGGAGCAGAUCAAAGAGGCCGCCCGCAAGCGCCAAGAGAAGCUCGACGAUAUCGAGGCCAAGAAGCGCAUCAAGGCCAAGAUCGAAGCUGACAGGGCUGAGCGCAAGCGCAAGGCCGACGAAGCCAAAGCUGCGCGUGAAGGUAGAGCACCAGAGGCAGCAGCUGCGCCGUCGGCCGCCGCCACCGCCCCGGCCGCACCGAAACCAAAGGCGAACCACACCGAGGCCCGCCUCCGACUGCAGACACCGACCGGCAACAUCAUGAAGACGCUGCCUGCCGAGACGACGUUGUUUGAGCUGGCCCAGGCCGUGCAGAGCGAGACGGGCACCGUCGUCACCAGCUUCUCGACUACGUUCCCUCGCAAGACAUUUCAGGGCGACAUUGACAUGGGCAAGACGCUCAAGGAGGCUGGCCUUGUCCCCAAUGCUGCUUUGAUUGUCAAGUAG